CUAAAAUUUUUCAAUAUCUACUUCAGCUAAAAUUUCCAUUAGUAUCAAUGAUGGAUAACUUGGCUUAGAUUGAGUAAAUUCGCUGAUUUUUUUUAACAUGAAGGGGCAGCAACUCAAUCUGAAACAUUGUUAAUUCCAUGUUCAGCAGUGAUUUAAGAUGAGUAAACGUCGCGUCGCUGUGAUUGGAGCCGGAGCAGCUGGGCUUUGUGCAGCACGCCAUCUAACGACAAAACCUGCUCAGUUUGAUGUGGUUGUCUUUGAGAAGUCGGAUCGUGUAGGAGGUACUUGGGUCUACACCGAGAAUGUUGGCCUAGAUGAAUAUGGAUUACCCAUUCAUUCAAGCAUGUACAAGUCACUUAAAACAAAUCUACCGAAGGAGAUCAUGGCCUUUCCCGAUUUUCCUUUCGACGAGAGACUACCGUCGUUCAUAAAGCACACAGAUGUCUUAGAUUACUUACAACAGUAUUCGGAUCAUUUUCAACUGCACAACUUCAUACAGUUUUCUACAGUCGUUGAGAUGGUGAAACCGAUUAAGUCUUCGGAUGAUGCGAUAACAUGGGAGAUAACUGUCUUAAACCUUCGAACCAGGCAUCGGACUACGUCAAUCUUUCAUCAAAUCAUGGUUUGCAAUGGCCAUUAUGCCAUACCGAACAUUCCCGAUCUUCCAGGCAGAGAUAAGUUCAAAGGUUACCAACUUCACAGUCACAACUACCGUCACCCUGAUGUCUUCAAGGAUCAGAAGGUAGUGGUCUUAGGAGCAGCAUCAUCUGGACUCGAUAUCAUCCUUGAUAUUGCCCCUCAUGCAAAGCAUGUCUACCUGAGCCACUGGAAGGAUCGUGUGGUAGCCCCUCUUCCUGAUAACAUAGAGCAGGCCAAGGAAGUUGUCUCCUUCACCCAGGAAGAUGUGGUUUUUGCAGAUGGAGAAAAGUGCAAACCUGAUGCCAUUAUCUACUGCACGGGCUACAACUACGACUUCAGUUUCCUCACGCCAGAAUGCCAGCUGACGGUGGAUGACAGACGAAUCAUGCCUCUCUACAAGCACAUCAUACACACCAGUUUCCCAUCUCUUGCUUUCAUUGGCAUUACACAGAAAGUCCUGCCAUUCCCACACUUUACCGCGCAGGUCAAGUUCGUCCUGGCAAGCUGGAUAGGGACUUAUCAACUACCGGGCCAAACCGAGAUGGACGCUUCUACCGAAGAGGACUUCCGGUGGAGAACCACCACCUUGAAGAUGCCACAUAGGUAUGCUCAUUUCAUGGGAUCCAUCAUGAGAGAGUAUCAUCAAGAUCUUCUAGAGAUGGCUAAAGAACACCAGUUCAAACCCGUCCUCAUGGAUCUCUAUGAGGAGAUGUACAGGAUAAGAAGAAUCAAUCUCAUGCAUUACAAGAAAUUAGGUUUUAAGGUUUUGGACGAUGAAAACUUUCAACUACUUGAGGUUGACACUCAAUAACCUGACAUUAUAUGUUGAGGUUGAACCCUGUGGACUUGGUCUAUAUAGGGUCUAACGGGGAAACUGUGUAUUAUAAAGAAAUCAAAUUGCGACCAUCGGAUUGAGUCAAUUUCCUUGCUGUCGCUGUAUUAAUACAAAAAUGAAAUCUAAACAAGUAGAUUCAAAUUCAAAUUCAAUUUUUAUGUUUAGUGACUGAUGAAUACUUCAUACAUUUUUUGAAUAAAGUCAAACUAAAUAAUUUUAGAAUAAAACAGAAGGGGAAGGCGGCCGGGGUAGGUUGAGCAUAGGGGCAAAACAAAUAAACCUUAUAAAAGCCAUUGAUAUGCAGGCAGAAAGGAGCAA